GUGGCCCGGAACAGCAUGGCUGCUACAAUUCGCCUGCCGAAGCACGACCUUCUGCAGGCGCUGCGGUGUUCGGUGUAUCUUGGGGUGGGAGGCUCAGGCUCCACGUGCUGCCGCUGCCCUCUCGGAGCUAAAAGAUACCUACUUACAGAUAGUAUUGUGAAAUUGGAAGAAUUUCAGCACAAGAAGGUGGCUAUUGCAUAUCAUCUUCCUGGCACCAAAGCAACCUAUCUGAGAAAUAUGGAAGAGAAAUUGACUCAGAAUAAGCUCAUCUUGAAGGAGGAGUUGAAAACCUUGCUUCAUUUGUGCAAUUCCAGGGAUGAUAUGGAACUGGUUAAAAAUGUCAUUUACAGGUACCAUGCAGAGAACAGAAACGUGACUUUCGGAACGUAUAAAUUUGGACCACUUUUUAUGAGAUUGUGCUAUGAGUUGGAUCUUGAGGAAUCUGCAGUGGAACUCAUCAAAGACCAGCAUUUACGAGGUUUCUUCUCAGACUCCGCAUCAUUCAAUAUUUUGAUGGAUAUGUUAUUUAUCAAAGGCAAAUAUUCAAGUGCAUUGGAAGUACUGAUAGAGAUGAAAAACCAAGAUGUGAAGUUCAACAAAGAUACCUAUGUCCUUGCUUUUGCGAUUUGCUACAAACUGAAUAGCCCUGAAUCUUUAAAAAUCUGUACUACAUUAAGAGAAGAAGCCCUGAUCAAAGGAGAAGUCCUCUCCAGGAGAGCAUCCUGUUUUGCUGUGGCAUUAGCUCUUAAUCAGAACCAGGUGGCAAAAGCGAUAUCCAUUUUUUCCCAAAUCAUGAAGCAAGAAAACAUACUGUGCACUAAUUUAAAUAUUUUGAUUCAUAUCCAGGCAAAUAUGUUGAAAACCCUCAUAGAGAUACUAAAGGAUGCAGCAGAAGGAAGUUUAUCAAAAUUUGUGAGAAGACAAGAGUUCUCAGAAGAAGUGGUGUAAAACAUCUGGAAAGAUAGGAGGAAACAAAGAUAACCAGCACACCAUUGCUACUUUAACUAGCAUAUCUCCUGAAUCCGUAUUGAAGAUUCUGAGAUAAACAGGUAAGAGGAGUCCCCAUGUCUCUGAGUUAAAGUUUUGAUAGGUAAACCCAGCUAGAGCAGGUUGGGUGUGAUUUUGCCUUUCUCACAUUUCAAUGGACUAAUGCCUUAUGAUUUUUUUUUUUCCUCCUGAAUUCUACUUCCUCUUUCUUCUUUCUCUGUUCUUCUAUUUUGUGUCUUCCCCAUCAUUUUAUUCAUGCUUCUCCUUUGAAAAAAAUAUUUUAGAUCCCUUUUUUUGGGCUCUUUGGUGACAGAGUCUAGCUUCCUGUGUCCUCACUCUUUCACUCACUGACUCAGAGUGGAGGCUGCUUUACUGGAACUUAGGAGAAACCUCAGGUUCAUUUUCAGUCCUGCUUUCUCCCUAGCAUAAAGUUCUAAUUUCAAGGGAGAAGUUCUGAAUGGGCCGUAUUGAGAAAAGCAAGCAAUAAGCCUAAAAACUCAUGCUCUUCACCAACUCCUCCUGGGCUAUAUUCUGUAGAAAGGCAACAAAACCAUCUGAAGCUGCCCAUUUGCUCCCCAAAUACAACUCCCAUGCCCGGAGUCUUAUGCAGCCUUCAACGUGAGUUAAGUCCCUCAAAGUAGGGCAUCAGCAAGAUUCACCAGCUAAAAUUUUCUUUAACUGGAACCCAAGGUACAUUACAAUUUUCUCAGUUUGUUCAACAGAGAAUAUUUGGCAAGUGUCCGUUUUCCUGGAAAACAGGAUGGAUUAGAAGUAACACAAUGUGUGUGCCAGUUCAACAUUUCCAAACCUAAUAUUCAUAUACCUACUAACAACUCUGAAAUUCAGAUCCAAGUGUAAAGUCCAACUCUGGGACUACAUCCUCCAUCCUCUGUUACAGCUUGGAAGAUGGUUAUUAGCACAAAAUUAAUAUUAUUCCAUCAUUUUCAUCUUUAUUGUUUUAAGCUGAGGUACCCAAAUUACAUUCAUCCAUGGCAACUAGGAGUUGGUCUGAUUUGCUCAUUCUUAGAAAGUGAUAAAUGAAUAGAAGAUGCUCAAUCAGACCAGUGGGUAGAAAGUCAGACUGUCUGUGCAUGAGAUUAGGGGAACUCGUACACCUAAUGAAGACAACAAUGGGAAAAGAAUGAACCACGAUGCUCAUUAUGACUCAGUUGACAACACUUUUAGGUAAAGUCCAUACUGUUUGGAAAGCACAUUUUCAUCCCUGGUGUCAAAACCUCCAAAAGCACAUAGAAAAGUAAAAAAUGCUGGCCUAUGAUAAGUUUGUCGAGGGUUGUUUUGGAAAGCCCUGCAGUAUUUAAUGAAAAUGAAAAUGCAUUUCAUUUCUUCAUCUUGUCUAUCAGAAUCCCUGUCCAAAACAAUCAGUAAAAAGGAAGGAAGACCAGCUAACAAAGAGGGAGCCCAUAGCUGGAUUUGUUCCCAUCAGAUCCAAAAAAACCAACCACAUCAAGUUGCUAAAGAGAUUUACCCACUGACAAUGACAAUAGCACAGCAGCAUUUGUAUCAUAUUCCCCACAGUUACUAGGCUGUUGUGGCUCAGAUUUUGAGAAAUUUAACCUGCAUGUAAAUGUGUGACAGGGCUUUCCUGACAACCUGUAGUUCAACAAAGAACAGGAAGUGAAACUGUCAUUAUCACCACAAGGUUUCUUUUACACAAGUUUUCAUAACUUAAGAGAGGCACCUUGCUGCUUACUCUCUGCCCUGUUUCCUUCAUCUGUACUCCUCUGCCUUACCUCAACAUGAAGAAAAGGAAGUGCUUGUUUGAGGGGUGAAAGGUCUUGGGAAUUG